CAGCAGACAGAGAGGGAGAGAGAGAGACAGAGAGGAGAGAGAGAGAGAGACAGAGAGGAGAGAGAGAGAGAAAGAGAGAGAGACGCUCACACUGAUAGAGACACACACUGUGAAAGAGGCAGAAGCAACAGCUACAGCAACAGAGCCAACAUGCUCCCUCUCUCCUACACACACAAACACACACACAGAGAACCAGACCCAUGCCAGGGGAGACGGUGAGCACACACCCACACUGAGGAGCACCUUCUCUGGGGAGGAGAUCUCACAGACCCCACUCCACCAGGUUCUCUGGGACUUAUUUUUGAAUAACAAGGAGCUGGGAAAAAGGUGUUUGUCUGUUUGUUUGUAAAAUACACAAACCGGGAAGAGAGACAGAAGGAGAGAGCAAAGAAAAGAGGGAUGAGUGGCGUGUUUGGCACAGCUGCUGAUGCCAGGGGCUGAGGGAGAGAGGGAGGCUGACGAAGAGAGAGAGAAAGAGGGAUCUGAAGACCUGAGGAUCGGAGGAGAGAAAGACUGGCACAUGAAGAGCUGAUCAAACUUAUGGACAGAGAGAAGAUAGGGACACAGUGCCGGGGAACACACACACACGGACACACACACACACAAUGAUGAGGAGGGAACAAAGUCCACGCUUCAGUCCUGGGUGUGUAGUACACUGACCCUGCCUGUGAUAGGCUAGGAGUCAGACCGUGACCACCAGGGCCAUGAUUGGCUCCCUGGGCCCCGGUGUGUGGUCCCUGACGCUAUGGCGGUGGGUGAGUCUCUGGGGGCCGGCCCUGCUACUGGUUACCAUUAUAGCCCUGCUGCCAGGUAGUUGCCAGGCGUGCCCGCCGCGGUGCGAGUGCUCGGCCCAGAUCCGGUCAGUCUCGUGCCAACGGCGGCGCCUCACCGGCAUCCCAGAGGGCAUCCCUACGGAAACUCGCCUCCUGGACCUCAGCCGGAACCGGCUCCGCUGGGUCGAAAUGGGCGACCUGGCACCAUACCCGCACCUUGAAGUGGUGGACUUGAGUGAGAAUCUCAUUGCCACGCUGGAGCCCAAUGCGUUCGUCAAUCUGCAGAGCCUCCGGGUGUUACAGCUGAGGGGGAACCAGCUGAAGCUGGUACCCAUGGGGGCCUUCGCCAAGCUGGGCAACCUGACCACGCUGGACCUGAGUGAGAACAAGAUGGUGAUUCUGUUGGACUACACCUUCCAGGACCUGAGGAGUCUGAGACAUCUGGAGGUGGGAGACAACGACCUGGUCUACAUUUCUCAUAAGGCCUUUUCUGGUCUGCUGGGGCUGGAGGACCUGACCAUCGAGCACUGCAACCUGACGUCCAUCUCUGGCCAGACACUGUCCUACCUACGCAGCCUGGUCACUCUGCGAUUACGGCACCUCAGCAUCGCCGCCCUAGAAGACCACAACUUCCGCAAGCUUAACAACCUGCGGGGGCUGGAGAUCGAUAACUGGCCCUAUCUGGAGUACAUCUCCCCGCUCAGCUUCCAAGGCCUGGACCUGUCCUGGUUGUCCAUCACUAACAGCAACAUCACCUCCGUCCCCUCGUCCUCCUUCAGGAACCUGAUCCAUCUCACUCAUCUCAACCUGUCCUUCAACCCCAUCACCACCCUGGAGCCCUGGGCCUUCAGGGACCUGCUGAGGCUCAAGGAGCUGAUCAUGGUGAACACGGGCCUAGCUACGGUGGAGCCCCACUCCCUGGGAGGCCUCAGACAGAUCCGGGUCCUCAACUUCUCCUCCAACGAACUCCAGACCCUGGAGGAGGGAUCAUUCCACUCUGUCAACAGUCUGGAGACGCUGCGGGUGGACGGGAACCCGCUGCUGUGUGACUGCCGUCUGUUGUGGAUCCUGCAGAGACGCAAGACCCUCAACUUUGACGGCAGGGUGCCCGUGUGCGCUGGGCCGGAGGAGGUGCAGGGGUAUAGCCUCAGCACCUUCACCGACUCAGCGCUCUUCGAUCACUUCACAUGCCAGAAGCCCAAGAUACGCAACCGCAAGCUUCAACAGGUGACAGCUCGUGAGGGCCAGCCAGUGAGUUUCCUCUGCAGUGCCGUGGGAGAGCCCGCCCCCAACAUCAUGUGGAUCUCCCCUCAGCGCCGAAUAAUCACAGCAAAGAGCAAUGGCCGCAUCACUGUCCACCCAGGAGGGACGCUAGAGAUCCGCUAUGCCCAGGUCACCGACAGUGGCACCUACAUGUGCAUCGCCAGCAACGCCGGCGGCAACGACACCUACUUUGCCAUGCUCACCGUCCGGGGCGCGCCGCUGGAUGCCGCGUCGGCUUUCUUUGCCAACCGCUCGCUAUACGGCGGCGAGUUCUUCAACGACACAAACCUGAACAGCACGCGCGUCUUCCUCAAGUUCACCCUGGACCUGACCACCAUUCUUGUCUCCACGGCUAUGGGCUGCAUCACCUUCCUAGGCGUGGUGCUCUUCUGUUUCCUGUUGUUGUUUGCAUGGAGCAGGGGGCGGGGCCAGCGCAAGAACAACUUCACAGUGGAGACCCCUUUCCGGAAGGCCGAGGGGCCUGCGGCCACGGGUAGUGCCGGAGGGGCCCGGAAAUUCAACAUGAAGAUGAUAUGAAACAACGCAGCCAAGGGCCAGCCGGGGGAGGCAUAAGCAUGUCCCGGAAACGUGUUUGACAAAACACACAGCGCUGACUCGCAAAGAUAAAAUAAUAAUAAUAAUAAUUAAUCCAUACAGUAUUCACACAUGGCAUGGCCAGAUUCGAUUUGAUGAUGACCUUGAUCUCACCAACUCUUACUGGUUUUAUUCAGCUUGUGGUACAAAUGUGUAUUUAAGAUAAUUAUAAGAAUUUUCCAGUGAAAUUCUUUUGUCAUUGAGCUUGAUAAGAAUUAUAGAAGUUAAGAAUUUAGUGUGAUCUUUUACUGGGUGAUUACUGUGUUGUGAAAUGCUUGUAGUUAUGUCUAUCUCACAGGAAGUGACAUCACAGGAAGUGAAAAGGACUUCCUGGAAGCUGUGUACUUGUAGUGGUCAUUGCACAGAGGGCAUGGAGAGACACGGCCAUCAACUUAUCACAGUAUUUGUAGUCUUGCUUUCUUAAAUUCUGCCUUUUUGAGAAAUAUUGCAAUAGCAUGUAAAUAUUGCAGUUUAAAGUUAGUUGUAUAGUAAUAAGAUUAUAGUAUUGAAUAAAAACAAGCCAUUUUUGUAAGACAUUUAGGAUAUGAUUUCCAUUGUCACAUUUAUAAGACAGCAUCAAGGCCACAGCUGAACUGAGGAAGGAUGUGCUGAGACAAGGACUCCAGAAAGACAUUGAAUCGAAGUGAAAUGAAUACAGAAAAUUACUUCAAUCAUUUGACCCUUUCAAAUUCAUGACAAAAAAAGAUCAGAAGAAACAUUAAAAAAAACAUGAAAAGAA